AUGGCUGAGCGUAAUCUUGCAGGUGGGCCUCCUAAUGAGGGACAUGAAGAGCAAGACCCCUUUGGGAAUCCUUCCAAUGAUGCUUCAGAUAUGCUUCAAAUUCCAUUGGAGAUUGGAAGUGGCCUUCCUGAACUCAUGAACACAAAUACCAGGGGCUCAGGCACAAUAGAUACAACAAACCAACAGGUUCCCCAAGGUUACUUUGUGAAUAUCCAAUAUGGGGCCAUGAUAGGCAUGGGAGGUGGACCAGUGAUUGGGAAUCCUGCUGGUCUGCAAAACUCUGUCUCUACUACAGUGAUGGCUGGUGUUCCAAAUCAGAGUGGUAGUGCUAUACCAAUGGGUGGUCACCCUCAUAUGGAGCAAUGGCCUGGAAAUGAGAGACAACCUGAGGUCCCUGGUAAUGAUAAUGCCAUCCACUAUCAACCCCAGGUUCAAAUUGCCAUGCAAGGCAUGAGGCCACCAGGGCCCAUGGGUGUGACAGGUCCUGGUGGCCCAACUGUUGCUGCUGGUAAUCCCAGUGUAUCAGGGAACAACAUACCUGUUCUUCAGCAGCUUUUAAAGACUCUGAAGAAUCCAUCAACUCCUCAGCAACAGGAUGAGGUCCUGAGGCUCCUCAGAUCUAAUCCUCAGUUACCCAAAGCCUUGGACGAACCAUUCCAGCAACAGUGCAUGAAGGACAAACAAGUCGAGGAUAUCCCACUCCAGUUCCAAUGCGUGAUCUGCAUGAACAAGGAAGUUUCUGUGGUCUUCCUCCCUUGCCGGCACAUGGUGAUCUGUGACAGGGUCUUCGAGGUCUAUUUUCGCAUGAAAUCUUCAUGGCGAACUGGGAUGGAUUCACACUUGGACAGGGUGGCCACUAUCUUUUAUUUCCAGGCAUUGCUGUGGGUGAUAAUGAGAGACAUCAACAUGACGGAAGAGCGGGUGUUCACAAUGGGCCCGUGA